AUGGCUGCCGGCCAGCAGGGAGAAUCCCCAGUCACUGAUCUCCGCUCUCAAACUGUUCGGGAGGAACCACCAAAGCCAGAAAUGAAAUUGGAGCCGGAGGAGUUGGUGAGAUUCCAAACAGGGAUCAUCUCGGAAGGCGCAGAAGAUGCCUCUCUUGGCACCGGUGGGGAAAUUACCGGGUAUCGUCCCAGCUUGGCAGAGCCGCAGUGCAUUAAACAGGAAUCGGAAGAGGGGCUGUCAUCACAGAGGUGGGAAGCUCAGUGGCAGGAAUUCCUCCAAGCGGUGCGGUCUCCUUGCCCCGGAAUGAUCCCACUUCUGCCACCACCUGAAUUGUGGCCGGUUACAAAUAAUUCCGUGGCUGCUGGCCAGUGGCCUAGAGAAGAAGAGGAGACAAGAUUCCAACUCGCGUUUAACGGGAUGGUCCAGCAAGCUGAUAGCAGCCCGGAUAUCGUGGGGAGGGGAGACCUCGGGCAGCUGCAAGCCAUCAAAACUGAAGAGACCAUUAGCUCUGAACAGCAACGCCGGCACUUCAGGCAGUUUAGCUACCAGGAGGCCGAGGGGCCUCAAGAGGUUUACAGCCGGCUCUGCGUCCUGUGCUGCAGGUGGCUGAAGCCGGACAGACGCUCCAAGGAGCAGAUCCUGGACUUGGUGAUCCUGGAACAGUUUUUGGCCAUUCUGCCUCUGAGCAUGAGGAGCUGGGUGAUGGAACGGGGAUCAGAGAGCUGCUUGCAGGCCAUAGCCCUAGCGGAGGAUUUCCUCCGGCACCACCGAGGGGGAGAGGAACCGGAACACCAGGAUCCAGGCCACUCACAGGAGGAAGGUGUGACUUUUGAGGAGAAAGAAGGGGCAUCACCAGAGGCCACCCAGAGGGAGCUCAACAGUGAGGUCAAACAGGAAAAGAAAGGAGAUGCCCUUGUGCUAGAUGAAGGACAGAAAGGAAAUAAUGAGGAGUCCUAUUGGCUGCCCUCAGGAAGAACCCAAGGUCAGGAUCUGGCCAACAAUACUGGAAGCCAAGUUGGGCUUGAGAAGCCAGACAGCCAUGAUGGGGAGAUGUGGCGGAAUAAAUUUAUCUCCUGGCAGGAUGGAGACUUCUGCGAAAUUUCGGUUCAGCAAGAAAUACUCAAAAAAAAGAAGCGGAGUAAGGGGUCUGGGUGUAAGAAGUUUUUCCGAGAUGAGUUGAACCUUAAUAGGACCCACGCAGGAGAGAAACAACAUGAAUGCUCGGUCUGUGGGAAAAUAUUCCGUCGGCGCUCAGACCUCAACAGUCACCAGAGAACCCACACAGGGGAGAAGCCUUAUCCAUGUGUGAACUGCGGGAAGCGGUUCAACAGGAGCACAAAUCUCAUCUCCCAUCAGCGGAUUCACACAGGGGAGAAACCGUACAAGUGUGUGGACUGCGGGAAAAACUUUUGUCACAAGUCUGGGCUGAUCAGGCACCGGAGAACUCACACGGGGGAGAAACCGUACACGUGCUCCGAGUGCGGGAAGAGCUUCAGCCAGAGACAGCAUCUCAUCACCCACCAGAGGAACCACACGGGAGAGAAGCCAUUCGCCUGCUCCGAGUGCGGGAAGAGUUUCAACCAGAGCCAGCACCUGAUCACUCACCAGAGGAACCACACAGGAGAGAAACCGUUUGAGUGUCCCCAGUGUAGCAAGUCUUUUUGUGACAAAUCCACUCUGAUUAGACAUCAGAGGAGCCAUCUUGGGAAGAAACCCUUCAAAUGUUCCAAGUGCAAUGAAAGCUUCUAUCGGAGCAAACACCUCACCAGACAUCAAAGAAUUCAUAUCCAACCGUCUGUGGUCUAAUUUCAUGAGUCCCCUCUCCUCAAAAUCAUGUAUAUAAAUAAUAUUUUUUUGAGGGGAAGGUGCUGACCU